AUUCCCAUUGUAUACAAAUAAUUUUAUAUUACUACUUACCACUAGAAAUCAACCUUUUUUGUGUUUGUUUUAGAUGUUUGUUUGUUUUAGAUUCAUAGUGUUAUUAUUUUAAUUUUCAUAAUGUAAAAUCAUAAUCAAUUAUUGGUAUAAAAUGUUCUUACUUAUAACAACUAUUUAAUAUAAAUAGACAUAAAUAUUAUUUAAAACCACAUAUUACAAUAACAAGUGUAGUGUUUCUGUUGAUAUUCUUGCAAAAAUGUAAAAUAAAUUUUAAAUAAAUAACAAAAAUGAAUACACUCAUUAAAAUUAAAAUGCUGAGAGGCAGUGCAUAUAAAGACCGUAUAGCUCGACGUACCCUUAGGGAUACAUUUGAUUGUGUGAAUUUACCAGACUCAUACUUGCUCAAAAACUGUGGAGUCAAUAGAGCAGUAUUUCAUCAAAUUUUAAGAAUAUUGGAGCCAGUAGUUCCUAAAACUCAACGUUCAAAUGGAAUACCAUUUCCUCUAAAGGUCCUAGUAACAUUAUCAUUUCUGGUAAGUGGUUCCCAUCAGAAAUUAGUUGGCAAAGAUUUUAAUAUAAAUAUCUCACAAAAAUCUGUCAGUAGAGUCAUUAAAAUUAUCAUUGAGAGCCUUAAUUUGAUACUAGACCAAUGGGUUAUAUUUCCCAGUACUGUAAUGCAAAGGGAGCAGAUAAAAGAGGGAUUCUAUAGAAAAUACCAUUUCCCUGAAACAAUUGGAUGUUUAGAUGGAACUUAUGUUGAGAUUGUUUGUCCAAGAGAUGAUGAAGAAGCAUUCUAUGAUAGAAAAGGACAAUACUCAAUACAUGCACAAAUUAUAUGUGAUGCAGACACAAGAAUAAUAGCAGUAUGUUGUAGAUUUGGAGGUGCUGCCAGUAAUGCAUAUAUUUGGAAUAAAAUGAAUAUACGAUUGUUUAUAGAAAAUAUGAGCAGACAAGGAGAGACAGGCUGGAUCAUUGAUAACAAAUAUCCUCAACGAGCUUGGCUCAUGACUCCAAUAUUACAUGCACCCCAAGGUACACCUGAAUCUCAAUAUAAUCACUUUCAGGGUCGCACAAAAACAUGCAUAGACAGGUGUAUAAGCAAACUCAAAGGGCGAUGGCAAUGCCUUUACAAAAGGCCCUUACAUUAUACUCCACAGAGAGCCGCUAAGAUCGUCAAUGCAUGCGCAGUGCUCCAUAACCUUUGCAUAAAAGCUGGAUUACCAGAUCCUGAGCCAUAUAUAGAGCCUGAAUCGAUGCCAACAGUGAGUGAAAUGACAGAAAUGACUGAUGACAAUAUGAAUGAUUUAUAUAUAGGGAUAGAAGUAAGAAGGCAGCUUGCUGAACGUAUUUAUUAUACUGUAUAAUUAUGAAUAUGAAAGACUGAAUAAACUUAUUAAGUAACUAAA